UGGAUUUAGAAGCAAUGAAGAUUAGAAAAGAACUCUACCUUAGGCGUAAUGGUUGUGAUACCCCUCGGAUCCGAGACAUGGGUUGAUCAGGCCCAGGCCCAAACCCGAGGGAAUAUCAAACAAUUAAAGUAUUUUAAAACGAACACAGAUGACAAAAAAAAGAACAAUAAAGAUAAAAUAAAACUGAAAGAAAUAAUAAUAAUAAAAUCCUCCAUGUGUAACUAAAAAUUGAAACUCCAAUCCUCCAAAACUUCAAAGUUACAACUUGGGAAUCCACUGAUGGACCCCUAACUAAAAAUUCAAUUGAGACUGAAACUGAAAAUAGAUAAUACUAGAAACAUCGGGGGAAGUCCUACGUAAUCCGAUGAAAGUGAGACUGUCCUCGACAAACACGAUCAAGCUCUAAGGCUGGAACCGUCCUGUACCUGAAAAGAAUAAUAAAGGAGUGUGUCAGACCCACGAGCAAGUUCUAAUCUAACUGCAAUCCAUACAGUGACUCGAUACGCAGAUACACCGUAGACACCUCACAAUAUCUAUCUAGUCCAUACAUAUAAAUAUAUCCACACUAAGGGACAUUCACUAGUCUAUAAUAGGGGUCUCAACCUGAAUAGAAGGCAACAUGCGAAUACGCACCCAAAGGUGGGCAUAAGUACCUAGACCUAACAGGGUACACCUCAACCUAUUAUAACCAGCUACGCAUCCACUGCAUAUACGUACCCUAACCAACGAGUCUGAGACUCAAGCUCAACUCGUGGUACCAUAAACAUAUAUAUAAAGUCCGUCUAAAUCCAGGGUGUGCAGUUCAACUAUUUAUUAAACUGACAUACAAUAAACCAACUAGUUAGUCACUCAACUUAUUCAGUUGAUAUGACUUAACUACCAUCCGUUAAUCCAGGAAGUCAUCCAACUUGGUUACAACUGAUCUGACUUAGUCACAAUUAGGAUUCGGUAUCUUUCAAUCCAUUCCAUUAAUCCAUUAGGUUAGGUUUAUGCGUUUUGAGCUAAACCGUCCCUAGUAUGUCACCGUCCCAUACCGGUACAUACAAUCCUCCAUAUCCAUGUAAAUUACAACAUAUAUAACAGUUCAAUAAUUUACAGACCCAAAAACCACCAUCCAAAUAAUUGCAGAAAAAUAUUUAAAGCUUCAGCAAUUUAAAUCCAAGCAUUUAACCAUAUAGUUGCAGGAGACGAUUUAACAAAUCAACAACUAACAUCCAGAGCAUGCAUAGACCAAAUUUAAUAUGUUAGGGACUCCAUCAUGCAUGUGAAUAGGUUAAAUAAUCAUAUUAUUAUCCAAUAAAUUGCUAAAACAAUUUUAGAAGAUUGUUUAAUAUUUCGGCAAUUUAAAUCCAAGCAUUAACCAUAUAGUUGCAGGAAACGAUUUAAUAAUUCAGCAACUAGCCUCCUAAGCAUGCAUAGAUCAAAAUUAAUAAUUAAAUGAUCUUAUCAUGCACUUGAAUGCAUUCUAAAACAAGUUUUAUAAACACAUUAUAUUCCAUCAAAUUGCUGAAAUUUAAUUCAACAAUUAAUUCAUCUUCCAUUUGUUAACAACAUAGGGAGUGUCUUAAUUUUUACACUGUUUGUCCCGACAAUUUAGAAUUUAACCCUAAUCAAUUUAAGGUCCUAAUAACCCCCAAAUUCAGCCUUCUAAACUCUCUGUGGAACCCCAGACCUAACAGGUUUAAAUCCCAUGCUCUAAUAGUAAGCACAGUACAUAGAAAAUUAAAAAAAAACUUAAAAUAAAUCAGAAAAUAAAAAGGGAGCCUGCUCCAAAAUUUGGAGCAGGCUCUUUCUCAGCCUAGAGCCGGCUCCAGGACUCCCUACAGCCGGCUCUACUUGUUGUGGGAGCCGGCUCCCACAUCCAUGGAGCCGGUUCUCACCUCCUUUGAGAGCCUCUGUCCCCGUUGCUUCGUUUCAGUCCGUCCGCUCCUUCUCUGAUCAAUUCCUACCACUCUGUUGGUUUCUAAAAACUAAUCUUAGGAAUCUUAAUUUAGUCUAGAAGCAUUCCCCAAGAUUGUUUACAAUAAUUUUGAAAACAAUUACAGAGUUUAAUCAAGCCAUUUAAACUAGCAUUGUUGAAGAACAAUACUGAAACUAAAUUGCAACAUCAGUUUUAUCCCAACCCCUCUGUUCUUCCUCCAAUUUAAAUUUGAAGUCUUAAAUUACAUCUAGUAUCCAAUCAGACCUUGGUUGAUUUCAGUAAGAUUCAAAAUAAAAAUUAGAACAGUGGGACGUUAUGCCAAAACAGAGUCAAGAAAAACAUACGUGCUAUAAUUGUUUUGUAAAUUAACUUUUCACAGAUAAAACGAUCAAGUAAAACAUAUAUAAAACAUGCAUGGUUCAGUUUAAGGCCAAUUAAUCUCCUAGAGGCUGUCUAGGUGCACUGAACACAAGCCAAAGGGAAGGAGGAAGAUAAGAACUUGCCUGUACAGUUUUAUAACCAAAACCUUGUCGCCGUUGUUCUAAACUUUCUAGCCUCCUCUGGUUCUGAUCUAAUCCACCAAAAUCCUCCCUUGGUCCUCUCUCAAAGCCUCACUGUGUAACUUUCUGCUCUCUCAAAGCCUCACAGUGUAACUCUCUGUAUCUAUGUUACGUGAGUAGAACCCUUAAUACAGAUUACAACUAUGUAUAUAUAAGCGUAAAAACCUAAACCCUAAUCCUUGUUUAAUUAAAGCCAGAGCCCUAAUGUAAAACUCUAGUCAAUCGGCCCAUAUAGCAAUCUAGGUUAUCAUAGUGCGGCUUACCUAUACGUGAUUUGCAACCCAAAGCUAACUGUAACUUAAACCAUAAUUAAAUUAAAAAUCCAAUUAAAUAAUUAAAUACACUUAACUAAUUAAUUCCAAUUAAAUAAUUAAAAGAUAACUUAAUUCAAUUUAAAACACAUGACACAUAGGAAAACAAUUAAAUCAAACCAAUAAAUAAAAAUAAUUAAACCAAAUAAUCACGAAAAAUACAAUAAAAAUAAUAAAUAAAUGCCGAGACUAUCCUUUUAAAAUUAGGGGUAUUACAAUGGUGAAAAAUUUGAGAUGCCACGAGCACGCUACACAAUGUCAAAGAAUGAUAAAAGGCAACUGUGUGAAUGGCUAAAAUCGGUUAAGUUUCCAGAUAGCUAUGCAUCAAACAUAAGUCGGUGUGUGAAUGUUAAUAACUGUAAGAUAUCUGGAUUGAAAAGUCAUGAUUCACAUGUUCUCUUACAGCGUCUCCUCCCCAUAGCUAUACGAGGAUUCUUAGAUUCUGAUAUUUGUAACACAAUAGCAGAGCUUGGUUUAUUCUUUAAAGAAUUGUGUUGUCGAACUCUUAAACUGGAUGUCUUAGAGGCAAUGGAAAGGGACAUUGCUAUUGUACUAUGCAAGUUGGAGAUGAUAUUUCCUCUGUCAUUUUUUGACAUUAUAGUCCACUUGGCUUUGCAUUUGCCGCGUGAAGCCAUCAUCGCAGGCUCCGCAUAACAUCGGUGGAUGUACCCCAUUGAAAGAUUUUUGCGUACUCUCAAAUUGUGCGUGCGUAACAAAGCACGUCCUGAAGGGUCCAUUGUUGAAGCUUACGUGGACAGUGAAUGUGUCACAUUUUGUUCAAAAUUUCUCGGAGGGAUUGAGACACGGUUCAAUCGAGAAGAAAGAAAUAGUGAGAGGGACUGCGACAAUAAUUGGUCCACUAUUUCAGAUCUAAAGCAAGUGGUUCGACCUCUGGGGCGCAAAAUUUGGAGAUAUUACCCCGUGAGGAGUUGGAGAUGGCUCGAUUGUAUGUGUUACAAAAUUCUGGAAUAGUUGAGUCAUACGAAGAAAAACACAAGGUAGAACCUGAGAGACAAGAUCCGCGCAAUGUUCCUAAAAGACAUGCAAAAGAAUUUUCGAGAUGGUUUGAAAAACAAAUAAAGGAAAUGCGUCAUCAUCAAAGGGAAACAACUAGUGAUGAUUUAUAUUCUUUAGCAUGUGGACCUCUAAGUCGAGUAAGUCGAUAUUCUGCUUGCAUUGUAAAUGGGAUUAGGUUCCAUACUAAGGAAAGGGAGCGAAAUCGACGAGCACAGAAUAGUGGUGUGUUAGUGAAAGGAGAAAGCGAAGAUUACUAUGGUGUUCUAACAGAUAUCAUUGAGUUACGAUAUCUUUUGGGUAGACAAGUUUUUCUUUUCAAAUGUGAUUGGUUUGAUGUUAGGAGUGGUAUACAUAAAGAUACCUAUUUCACGAGCGUAAAUGUAGCUAGUAGAGCAUACAAAAAUGAGCCAUUUGUGUUAGCAAAUCAAGCAAAACAAUGUUUCUACGUGAAAGACAACAAAUUGCAAGGAACAUGGGAGGUAGUUCAAGAUAUAACAAAUAGAAGCUCAUUUGAUGUACUUGAAGUAGAGGUCGAAGCCGGAGUAGAGGAUGAAAUACUCAAUGCUCCAGCAUACCAAGAGAAUGAACCAAGCAUCGUUGAUAGGGUGGUUGAAGCAGACUUGGACAUGGAUCCAUUCCCAUUGAAUAGGGGUGAUUUGGAAAGUGAAUUCUUGAUGCUGAAAUGAUUCAAAAAUGUAGGGGUGAAGCAGCAAUUAAUGAGGACUUUUGGGUUGUCGAGAAUGAUAAUGGAACUGACAUUGACUAUAGUUCAGAUGAGGAAUCAGAAUUACUGUCCGAAGAUGAUACUAAUUUGGAUGACAUGUGAAACUUACGUAAUGUUGAGCAUGGACUUUAUUUCCUUUGUUUUGAUCUGGUUCCAGUUUGUAGCUAGUUUGGCUUUUUCUUUUGUGCCUUGAGCUUUUGGUUCCCCUUUCUUUUGAUUGUUCACUCCUUUAAUAGAUAUGCAACUUAUAUAAAGUUUUAGGCUGUAACUAACCAUCCUCCAAUCAUAUCUAGCAGAAAAUGUUUAUAUCUUGUUUGCUCCUUUAAUAGAAUAUGAUGGCCGGACAUAUCAUGGAAUCUGAUUCCUUAAGAUAGAUCUCAUUUUUUAUGUUGCUAUAGUUUCUGCCAUUUGAUUUCUAUUAGACUAAUUAUAGAUCACUAAAUUUACAUUUUCUGUUUAUAUU